UAUUUUUUGUAUAUUACACAUAGGCCAGAUGUCGGAUAUGUGGUCUAGUCCCGCUGCGACUCCUACAAAAUCACCCAUUAAAACUCCGACUCCUCCAACGCGAUGUUCGCCUCGUGCAAAACCCGCUAGAUCACUUGCUGAGCCAUCUUACCGAGCUCAGAAAAUAAAGUGGACCAAUGCGAUGGAUGAAGUUAUGUUGAACACGUUGCUGGAGCAGAUUGCCCUAGGACGCAAAUCAGACAAUGGGUUUAAAAGGGAAGCAUACCAAGCUGCGGCUGAGCAGGUUUCUAAUGAAACUCAUGUGUGCGUGAAUUGGUCAAACGUCGUGAACCGUAUGAAAUAUCACAAGAAAUGCUAUAAUGAUGUGAAAGAUAUGCUCUCUGCUAGCGGCUUCGGUUGGGAUAACGAACGAAAGGUUGUAACCGCACCAGACGAAGUAUGGGAAGCGUAUCUCAAGUCUCAUCCACGAACUGAAAGACUCCGAGGAAAGCGAAUUGAGCGGAUGGACGAUUUAGCUGUCAUCGUCGGUGAUGAUCAGGCGACUGGUAGAUAUGCACAAGGCAGUAAGAAUUUGGCUACAUCCUCAUCACGUGUCCAACGAGAUUUAAAUCAAAUAUGGUCAGAUGGGGAUGAGAAUCUGGAAGAUAGCGUGGAUCUAUCCGAAGACAAUUUAGGGGACUCGGGGAUGAAUUCGCGAUUUUCUAAUAGUCAGUCCCGGGAAAAUCAGGCUGGUCGAAGUACACCCAAACGUACACCUGAUUCUGCGAAUAAAAAUGGCGGUAGUAUUACUUCGAAGCGGCUGCGUCCUACUCGUCCUUGUGAUGUACUCGGGAUGUCUCUAAAUCACGUUGCCGAGGCCAUGAGCAAUUUUGGUCUUGGAGAAGAAGUGAACCGUACCACUAAAGUGUUGGACAUUCUUGAAGAAGUAGAGGGGUUGACCAACGCCGAGUUUAUCGAAGUUGGGCAGAUCCUCUCAAGGGACAAACAACUCGCUUCUUUCUUUGUUAGUCUCCGAGUAGAACGCCGCAUGGAGUGGUUAAAACAUAUUCUCCACAAUUCUCAGAAAAACGUUGGUGAUGCAGAUCCAUGACUUUGGAUGUUUUAUAUAUGAUGCAUGCUUGAUGAAACAUUUAAACUAUCGACUUUUAUAUUUGGUUUGAUUUUUGAGGACAUGUAAUAACUAUAAUCCUUGAAGUAUUUAUGGUUUGGCUUUAUGGUGUGCAUGGAUGUGUGACAUUUGGCUCAAUCUGAAAAAUCGUUUUAAA